AGGCUCGUUAGAAAAAAAGGAGCCGGAAAGGAGCCUUUUGUUUCCAUUACUCUGACACUUCGUUCGAAAACGCUUCACACAAAUGGUUCUGCGUCGAAGAGAAAUGAGCGGAUGGCAAGCCGUGCCCAAAAUUUCUCUCAGCAUUUAGAUCCAUCGGCUGGUCGUGAUUAAUCGAACAGCAGAUCUCAUCGGUAAUCCUCGCUAAACGCUGAUCCUGUCUGCGAGACCCUAGAAAAUAUUUAGAAGAAAAGGCGACAAAGGAAAAAAUAGGAAAGAAAGAAUGGCAGGGGCAGUGUCUGCACUGUUCCUCUUGGACAUCAAGGGGCGCGUUCUGAUUUGGCGCGACUACCGUGGCGACGUCUCCGCCGUCCAGGCCGAGCGCUUCUUCACCAAACUCAUAGAGAAAGGGGAUCCCGAGACUCAAGAUCCAGUUGUGUAUGAUAGUGGUGUAUCCUACAUGUUUGUACAGCAUAACAAUGUGUUCCUGAUGACGGCAUCAAGGCAGAAUUGCAAUGCAGCCAGCCUUCUUUUCUUCCUACACCGUGUCAUUGAUGUGUUUAAGCAUUAUUUUGAAGAGCUAGAAGAGGAAUCACUUAGAGACAACUUUGUUGUAGUGUAUGAGUUACUUGAUGAGAUUAUGGACUUUGGUUACCCUCAGUACACAGAGGCUAAGAUUCUUAGUGAAUUCAUCAAGACCGAUGCUUACAGGAUGGAAGUUACACAGAGGCCUCCCAUGGCUGUAACAAAUGCAGUGUCUUGGCGCAGUGAAGGGAUACAAUACAAGAAGAAUGAAGUUUUCUUGGAUGUGGUGGAGAGUGUUAAUAUACUUGUCAACAGCAAUGGACAAAUAAUUAGGUCCGAUGUUGUCGGGGCAUUGAAGAUGAGAACCUAUUUGAGUGGCAUGCCCGAGUGUAAGCUUGGCCUAAAUGAUCGAGUAUUAUUGGAGGCACAAGGUCGGUCAACUAAGGGAAAGGCCAUUGACUUGGAAGACAUUAAAUUCCAUCAGUGUGUGCGUUUGGCCCGAUUUGAAAAUGAUCGGACAAUAUCCUUCAUACCACCAGAUGGAUCUUUUGAUCUCAUGACAUAUAGACUUAGUACUCAGGUAAAGCCUUUGAUUUGGGUGGAAGCUCAAGUUGAAAAGCAUUCAAAAAGUCGUAUUGAGAUUUUGGUAAAAGCUCGAAGCCAGUUCAAGGAGCGCAGCACUGCCACAAAUGUUGAGAUUGAGUUGCCUGUGCCAGCAGAUGCUAUGAAUCCAAAUGUUCGUACAUCAAUGGGUUCUGCAACAUAUGCACCUGAAAAAGAUGCAAUGGUCUGGAAAAUUAGAUCUUUUCCAGGUGGCAAGGAGUAUAUGUUGAGAGCAGAGUUUCGUCUUCCAAGUAUAACGGCGGAAGAAGCGGCUCCUGAGAGAAAAGCCCCUAUACGUGUGAAGUUUGAGAUACCGUAUUUUACGGUUUCUGGUAUACAGGUUCGUUACCUGAAGAUUAUUGAGAAAAGUGGAUACCAAGCUCUUCCAUGGGUGAGGUACAUAACCAUGGCCGGUGAAUAUGAACUAAGGCUUGCAUGAAAGCUGUUUCACAUGUUGGUGUUCCCCAUCCAUCAUGUAUAUUUCUUCAUUGAGUUAGUAGUAUUCAUUGAGAAUUUUUUUUUUUUUUUCUCACUAUUUUGGUGUUGCGCAUCGAUCAUUAUUUUAACAGGAUUGUUAGUUGAUGGAUAUCCAGAAAGCUCAUUUUAUUCUCCUUUUCUUUUGUUUGGAAUUAAAGAUCAUAUAUUCUAACUCAAAAACUGUUUUGUGGUUUUUUUUUUU